AUGCCGUUAUCGGCGCCGACGUCAACGCAGGGGAGGCCACCACAGGGGACGAGGACGCUGGACCGGACGACUGCUGCUGGGAUGACUGCUGAGACGACGGCGGAGGAGGCUGAGGAGGCGGGUGCGGUACCAGCGGAGAGGGCUCCUGGAGAUGCGGACCGACAAUCUAUCGCUGCAGGGCAGGCGGGGGCCGAGGCGGUCUGCGACGACAGAAGGAACCACCACGGGCCCGAAGAUGAGGGUGGGGCAGCGGCGGCUCAGAGUAGGACUGGCGCCAGCUCGUCCCGGGCCUCUGGCGGGCUGGGAACAGCAGACUACACUGCCGCGGAUCCCGCCGCGGAAGUUUUCCUGUCAUCACAGCAGCGCCACGAGGCUCGGGAGGAGGGGGAGGUGGAGCGACGGGCGGUAUAUCAGGCAGACGACGAGGCUCAGGAGGGGGAAGUGGUGUUGGCGGCAAGCGCCAUGGAACGAGAAGGCGGGCAGGAACAAUCCGGCAGAGAGUGCUUCAUGAACGAGCAGAUGACCUAA